AUGGCGCCGGCGGCUGGGCCCGGCCGCAAGUGCUCUGACAAGCGCCCCUCCCUCUGCUUUGAACGGCAAACAGCGGCGGUGCGGGCGCGCGAGUCCGGCAGCACGCGCUUCUGCAUGGGUGCCGCUUGGAGGGGGCCCUCCCAGGUCGGGCCGCGCCAGUGGGAGCGUGUGCUGGAGAUGGUCCGUCGCAUCCGCGGACUCGGGAUGGAGGUGUGCACGACCCUCGGGAUGGUCACGCCCGAGCAGGCGCAGCAGCUGCGCCAGGCGGGGCUGACGGCCUACAACCACAACCUCGACACCAGCCCCGAGUACUACGGCAAGAUCACCACGACGCGCAAGUACGAGGACCGGCUGGCGACGCUGGAGGCCGUGCGCGACGCCGGCAUCAGCGUGUGUGCAGGCGGCAUCAUCGGCCUGGGCGAGGCUGAGGAGGAUCGGGUCGGGCUGCUGCUGCAGCUGGCCACCCUGCCGGCCCACCCCGAGAGCGUCCCAAUCAACCGCCUCGUUGCUGUCAAGGGCACGCCCCUCCAGGACCAGGAGUCCCCCAGCGGCCUAGACCUCGUCCGCUGCAUCGCCACCGCGCGCGUCGUCAUGCCCCGCACCGUGGUGCGGCUCUCCGCCGGCCGCCUCGAUCUUACGGAAGCUGACCAGGCGCUCGCCUUCCUGGCGGGCGCCAACUCGAUCUUUGAUGGCGACAAGCUGCUCACCACCCCCAACAACGACAGGAACGAGGACGCGAAGAUGUUUGCGAUGCUCGGCCUCAAGAGCCGCCCGGCCUUCCUGCCUUACGACGCCGGCAACGCCAGCAGCCGCGCCUUCGAGCAGCCGGAGGCGGCGGCGGCGCAGCAGCAGCAGCAGCAGCAGGAGAGCGGCAGCGGCGGCGGCUCGUGCUGCGGCGGUGGGUGCGGCAGCGGGAAGCAGCAGCAGGCCGCGGCGGCGUGA